AAUGGGGCCUGGAGCUUCGGGAAGUGGGGUCAGCACUGCGACUGUUCCACGCUCAGCGCCGGGUCCCGGAGUCAGCCUGCACGCCUACGAUAUCGCCGUACUAGUCGUCUACUUUGUCUUCGUCAUCGGAGUAGGGGUCUGGCAAUCGAGGGAAAUGCCAGCACCUUUAGACUCCACUGUGAGGCCGAGAGGGAUCUGAGUCCCAUCUGGUCACUUACGAGGCUGUGGCAAGGCCAAGAACCCUCUCUGGGCCUCAGUCUCCUCAUCUGUAAAGUGGGACAAGCAGUUCCUUCUUCCCAAGUCGUCCAUUCGUGCAAGCCGAGGGACCAUCGGUGGCUACUUCCUGGCGGGGAGGUCCAUGAGCUGGUGGCCACCCUGGAAGCGAGUCUGUGAGAAGGACAGAAGAGGACCGGCACAUCUCCUCUGGUCCAUUCAGGAGGAUCGGAGCAUCUCUGAUGUCCAGCAAUGUGGGCAGCGGCUUGUUCAUCGGCCUGGCUGGGACGGGGGCUGCUGGAGGCCUUGCUGUGGGUGGCUUUGAGUGGAAUCCGGUGUGGUCACAAUGCCUCAGUACCUGAAGAAGCGAUUCGGGGGCCAGAGGAUCCAGGUGUACAUGUCUGUCCUUUCUCUCAUCCUCUACAUCUUCACCAAGAUUUCAGGCCGACAGCACGGGGCAUCGCUGAGCAGGAAGGAGACAUUCCCCAGUGGCCACACAGAGGGCCUCGGGUGACCCGGACUCCUGGGUCCCUGUCCCUGCAGACUGACAUCUUCUCUGGAGCCCUGUUCAUCCAGAUGGCCUUGGGCUGGAACCUUUACCUCUCCACGGUGACCCUGCUGGUGGUGACGGCCGUCUACACCAUCACAGGGGGCCUCACGGCCGUGAUCUACACAGACACUCUGCAGACCGUGAUCAUGGUCGGGGGAGCCCUGGUCCUCAUGUUUCUGGGCUUUCAGGAGGUGGGCUGGUACCCAGGCCUGGAGGAGCGGUACAGGCAGGCCAUCCCUAACGUCACAGUCCCCAACACCACCUGUCACCUCCCCCGGCCCGACGCCUUCCACAUGCUCCGGGACCCUGUGAGCGGGGACCUCCCCUGGCCAGGCCUCAUGUUCGGGCUCACGGUGCUGGCCACGUGGUGUUGGUGCACGGACCAGGUCAUCGUGCAGAGGUCUCUCUCUGCCAAGAGUCUGUCCCAUGCCAAGGGGGGCUCCGUGCUGGGGGGCUACUUGAAGAUCCUGCCCAUGUUCUUCAUCGUCAUGCCCGGCAUGAUCAGCCGAGCCCUAUACCCAGAUGAGGUGGGCUGCGUGGACCCCGACAUCUGCCAAGCGAUCUGCGGGGCCCGUGUGGGAUGUUCCAACAUCGCCUACCCCAAGCUGGUCAUGGCUCUCAUGCCCAUGGGUCUGCGGGGCCUGAUGAUCGCGGUGAUCAUGGCCGCCCUCAUGAGCUCACUCACCUCCAUCUUCAACAGCAGCGGCACCCUGUUCGCCAUUGACGUGUGGCAGCGCUUCCGCAGGAAUGCAACAGAACAGGAGCUGAUGGUGGUGGGCAGAGCGUUCGUGGUGUUCCUGGUCGUCAUCAGCAUCCUCUGGAUCCCCAUCAUCCAAAGCUCCAAUAGCGGGCAGCUCUUCGACUACAUCCAGUCUGUCACCAGCUACCUGGCCCCGCCCAUCACUGCCCUCUUCCUGCUGGCCAUCUUCUGCAAGAGGGUCACAGAGCCUGGAGCCUUCUGGGGCCUCCUGUUUGGCCUGGUGGUGGGGCUUCUACGCAUGAUCCUGGAGUUCUGCUACCCAGCCCCCGCCUGCGGGGAGGAGGACCGCAGGCCGGCAGUGCUCAAGGACUUCCACUACCUCUACUUCGCACUCCUCCUCUGCGUGCUCACGGCCGUCGUCAUCGUCACGGUCAGCCUCUGCACAGCUCCCAUCCCCGAGGAAAAGCUGGCUCGCCUGACCUGGUGGACACGGAACCGCCCCCGCUCUGAGCUGGAGAAGCAGGCCCCCGAGAGCACAGCGGGGACGGCGGAGGUGGCCUCUGCGGAGGGCCCCGCAGGGGCCGGAGGAGCAGAGGACCCCAGCCAGGGCCGGGAGCAGCCUGGAGCCCCACGCAGGUCCUGGGGACAGCGGCUCUGGCGCUGGCUCUGCGGGCUCUCGGGGGUCCGGGAGCAAGCGCUGAGCCCCGCCGAGAAGGCCGCCCUGGAGCAGAAACUGACCAGCAUCGCGGAGGAGCCGCUCUGGAGGAGCGUCUGCAACAUUAACGCCGUGGUCCUGCUGGCCGUCAAUGUCUUCCUCUGGGGCUAUUUUGCGUGACUCCGCACGCCUGGCUUCGGCCCAGGCAGGUUCAACACCGCCAGGCCUGGCCGGCUGCAGACAGGCUGUCCCCCCGCCUCGCUGUCCACACGGAACCCUCAGAGGCCGAGACUGCAGCCGGCCCCGACGAGUACCCUGUCCAGGCUGCACCCUGAGGAGUGGAGCCCGAGGCCCAGAGAGGGCGCUUGGUCUGCUCAGGACACACGGCAGGACUCGCACGGGGUCUCGGACUCCAGCUCUCUCCACUCCAGAACCUUUCACUCCUACCUCAAAAACAGUUUUCCCUCCUCUGGUGAGUUUGUUCAGGAGCUUUUACUCUACAGAUGUCAUGAGGUCACAAAAGUGAUAAAGAGAAAGAGUGGCAAGAAAGUUGCAAAAAAUCCUCUGGUGUCUUUGCUCACCCUUACCCUUUCCUUAUCCACCUUCUCUCCCCUUUACUCUCUGGCUCCCAAUCCCCACUCAUCUAUUUCCAGCUGGAACCUCCCCAGGAGGGCCUUAUACUCUCAUUGGCAGCUCUGUCGACUGGAAGGAGUGAAGGGCCAGGUGGAGGGUAAGCAAGGUGGCAGCUGGCACUGGGACAGGGAGCUCUUCUUGGCACACUCAGAUCUCCCGGUUCCUACUCUCACAUCCAAACACGCACCAGGUCUCCAGCCCUUGAGGGACUUGGAGGCCGGCUGGAGAGACAGGGCUUGCUGGAGACAAGAGAGAUGAAGACCUGGAGAGACAGGGCUUGUUGGAGACAAGAGAGAUGAAGACCGGCUGCUUGGUGCUAUGAGUAAGCCUGGCAGAGGGGCAGUGAAGACCACCUAGGAGCCUCUGCAGCUGCGCCUCUGCCCUCUCCCUCUGCCUGCCAGGCAUCCAACUACCCUGGAAAACACCCUGACCUCGCCUGGGUGUCCCUCCUCCAGGAAGCUGCCUGAUGCCCACAACUGGAUCAAAGUCCCAUUCCUGCUCCCACACCCUCUGGACCUGCUUCGGUGACAGUGCUGAUCACAGUACUAUGAGAUUUGCCUCCCAGACCAGACAGCACUCCAAGGGGCGGGGACCAAGUGACUUUGUACCCAGAAAGUAACAGGGGUUGCAUUAGUAAUAGUAAAUGUUGAAUUGGUAAUUCUACAAAGUCCUGGAUGGGUGGGGAGCUGGGGAGCUGGGGGUGGGGAAGAGUCUACUUCAGUUGGAGUUUACACUGAGUCUCAGAUGUCUAGAAUGAAACCACAGUCCUGUCCCAUUGCCGAAGACACCCAUGAGAAUGUCCCUUCCUUCUUUCGUCUUCGUCUAGGCUGUCCCUACUCUCAUGGGAUCCAUUUUAAUGCUGACUUUGAUCACUUUAUGUUAAUCACUCAUCAUAAUUGAAUACAAAUAAAAUUCUUGUUUUGAGGGCUUCAAUACCUCUGAGUAUAUGA